AAUCAGUAAUCAGUUGUUGAUCGGCAAAAUACGGAAAACAAAUCACGGAAAUCGUAAAACUCUCAGAAUGCACUUAGUCGGUGGAUCAUUUUUCAUCGGAUGGAUAUGUCUCCUGGUGGGUCUGAGUCUGGCUCCGGAUCUGGUUCAGGCUUCCGUUGGUCUGCCUUCUCCUUUGGAACGGUGCAAGUGGCAGGAUGAAGCCUGUAUGGUGGCCCAGGCCAACGUCUUCUUCAAGGCAUUCAAGAAUGGAAUCCCGGAGAGACAGGUGCCGAGUAUGGAUCCCAUGGAGUUGGGUACGAUGAGGAUCGAAAGUGGAGGACACUCGGACUCGCUGCAAUUCAAGCUGACCUUGUCGGACUCCAAGCUGUACAACCUGCCCCAGUCGGUGAAGCUUAAGGGCAUCAAGGGAUUCAGCCAGGACCUGACCAAGCCCCUGAGGAUCACCCUGCUGAUGCAGGCCACCGAUCUGGAGGUGCAUGCCAAGUACGAUGUGGACGGCAAGCUGCUCAUCCUGCCGAUAGUCAGCCAGGGAACUGCGGUCAUCAAGCUCUCGGAUGUCCAAUCCAAGUCGAGGAUAUUAGUUGAGCCUGUGAAGCGGUCGGAUGGUCAUACCUACUUGAAUAUUACGGAUUUCAGACUCACUACCAAGCUGAGGAAUGGCAGCUUCAACAUGAGCAACCUCUUCAACGACAACGUGGAGCUCCGCGAUAGCACUCUGAAGGUCCUCAACCAGGAAUGGGAUGCUCUCGCCGCCGAUGUCCAGCCGGCUUUCAACGUAGCCUGCGGCAGAGCCUUCAAAAAUAUCCUGCAACGUCUGUGGAACGAUAUUCCCUACGAGGAGUUCUUCAAAGAUGAGUAGUCUUCCUCAUCAAAUUGUACAAGUUUACAAAUAAAUCAUUGCAACUAUUAAA